UUGGGUUUGGAUUGUUUCUGCAUUUGCGUAGAAACUACUUAUCUCUGAGAAUUCACCUUCCACGCUCAAUAAUUGAAUGGCGGACCCCGUCUUGUCUCGCUAAUUUUUUCUGGUCAAUACAGACUUAGAGUUUUCAAAAGUCUAAAAAUCGAUCUUCUAGAUGAAAAGUAGCUUCGCUGGUAAUUGAAAGGCAACUUCUCCGUCAGUUCAAAUCUGGAUUUUUCUAAGUGAAAGGCAGCUUCUCUGUUAGUUCGGGUCACGCAAUAUUUAGAACAGUGGAGGUCACGUUGUGCUCCAAGUCCAACAAUGGAAGGAAUGGAGGAUCUGGAAGGAAUACUUGCAGAGAUCGAAACAGCAGUUGCAGAGAUGGAGCGGCUGAAGGAGACAAACCAUCGCCUUAUGCGAGAAAGAGAUGAUGCAAUUAUAAAGCUUCAAGAUUACAUGGAGUCGAGACCACGGAUCGAAACCCCGCCCUCUUCUUCGGCUAAUCUUCUAUACAGAAAAUAUUCUCUCAACGAUAUCAAAUCUGCCACUGGCGAUUUUUCAGAGCAUUUGAAAGUUGGGAAAGGAGAUUACGGCGUGGUAUACAAAGGUGAAAUUGAGGAGAUUGCGGUUGCAGUGAAGAUUAGGAGAGAGGAUGGCUUCACUCUAGAUCAGCAAAUAUUUCAUCAGCAGAUGGAUGUGUUAAGGGAUGUUAGAAAUCUUCAUUUGGUAAGGGUUGUGGGAGAGUGUUUGGAAAGAGGAUGUAUUGUGUAUGAAUAUAUGGUCAAUGGAAGCUUGGCAGAUCGCCUAUCUUGCAAAAAUGGAACUUCACCGCUUGUCUGGCAUGUCAGAGUACGCAUUGCAAGUGAAGUUUGCUCAGCAUUACACUUCCUUCAUAGUUUAAAGCCAAAUGGAAUUCUUCACUGCAGUUUGAAGCCCGAAAACAUUUUUCUAGAUGAAUUUAAUACAGGUAAGAUCAGCGACGUGGGCAUGGCAAGGCUUCUACCUGAAGAUUUACUCAUAAAAGGCAAUAUAGCAUAUCUGGAUCCAGACUAUCUUAGAACUGGUGAAUUCACAGACAAAUCAGAUGUUUAUAGCUUGGGGAUCAUUAUUCUUCAACUUCUCACAGGCCAACAGGCACUUGGAUUGGUGAGAAAGGUUUCACAAUCACUAGAAACUGGACACUUGGAUGAGUUGCUAGAUCCUUUAGCUGGGGAAUGGCCCUUUGAUCAGGCUUUACAAUUAGCAUAUCUUGCCCUUGAUUGCACAGCAGCCAGUCGACAAGAUAGGCCUAAUCUUCAUCCCACUCUCACUAAUACUCUUGAUGAACUUCAUGCUACUGCCUCUGCAAUUGUUCAGCCUGCCUCAACAGUUGUCCAGCCUGCCUCAAUAGUUGUUCAGCCUGCUUCAAUAGUUGUCCAGCCUGCUUCAAUAGUUGUCCAGCAUGGACAACAAAGACAAGUUCCCAGCCUCUAUACAUGUCCAAUCUCUCAUGAGCUUAUGGAUGAUCCUCACUUUGCUGCGGAUGGUUUUACCUAUGAAUUGGAGGCAAUCAAGGAAUGGAUUGUUUCUGGUCAUGACACCUCACCAAUGACAAACUGCAGACUAGAUCACCCCAAUCUCCUCCCAAACCGUUCUCUUAAAUCCGCCAUUCAAGAGUGGAAAGAAGCCAAUUGUAAUCCAGGCUCGACAUCAUAGUCUUUUGAGCAUAUUUUAAAGGAAUAUGAUGCAUAUAAAUUAUUUUAUAUUGAUAUGCAGCAUACAAAAAUUAGAUGUAAUAAUUAUAAUUGAUUUGCAUUUAUG